AUGGAUUCCUUAACUAGUGAGUUUACAGAAGUGAUAAAAAGAUACUUUACAACUAAAGUUAUUCCUGAAAUUCUAAUGCGAACUGCACGAAGGAUGUAUAGAAAAUAUAUCAAUACUCCAGGCGAGAUUGUGCAAAAUGAGGUUUCCAAUAAUUCGAAUCAACAACAAAAUUCUCUUAUAAAUUAUGACUUAGAGGCUUGUAAUAAAAAUUCUCAAUUAGGCAAAAGAGUUCGCCAUACAGAAGGUUGUUGUUUUUUUAGUAAAGCUUGCUCUAAGCGGAAUAGUUGUUCAAAAAUUCGUCGUAUAGAAGCUUCAAGCUUCACUGAAUCCCGUUUUAAACGGAUGGAUCAAUUCAAAAGAUAUCUUGUGGAAUCUCGAAUUAAUUAUCUUCCCCAAGAUAAUCUCAUAGAAGACUAUCCCAAUGAAACUUUACCUAAUUUUAGGAGAACGUCGUCAUGUCCUUUUUAA